CUGGCCUGGCAGCAUCCAGGCAGCUGCUGGAAUAAGUUGGAUGGGCUGCAAGGUUUUUGCUGUCUGGGGGUUUUGGUCCUUAGCUUGCUGCUCUGGGGGAGGGAUCUUGAGUCAGGCCUCUGACAUGAGCAGGAAAAAUUGGCCCUCAGCCUUCUGGUUCUAAGCAGAGAGCUCCAGCCUCUGCCCACAAGGGCUCCCUGUCAUCGUUGGGGGAAGAGCUGAGCCAUGAGAAGAAUUAAAAGAAUGCAAAUGUUUGUACUGGCAGGAUCUACACUGUCUGCGUGGGAAUGAAAGAGGUCCUCCACGAGGAUGGGGCUGUGCUCAUGAACUGGGGUAGGGAGGGUAUCUGUUGGCAGGCAGGGCUAGCGGCAGUUAAUGUCAUGUUAUUCCUGUCACAUUUCUCAGCUCAGUAAGAUUCGAAUGUCAGUUCCCCUUCCUGCAUGGUAAUGCACAGAGACAACUCGCUCAGUAAUUCUGCCCUGGGUAACAAAGUGGGAAAGUCCAGAGCUGUGUCUGCUGUGUCACACACCCCAGAGACUCCCUGCAGCAUGGGGCAGGGUGCUGAAUGUCACCUUCCUCUACUACUACUGGCUAAGAGAGACUUCCAUGUUACAAGUUCUUUCCUAACAGUCUAAUCUUAGGCAAGGUACUUUCAUGCUGCCUGUCUCAGUUCCCCUCUCUGGAAAAUGGGUCUAACAAUACUAACCUUCUCCCACAGAGGAGAGAAGAGUUAUUUAUAGAGUGCCUGGAGACUAGGAGGAAGGGAAUACAUAUGUCCAAAUUAUCAGGCUUUUGCUGCAGUUGUUGACUCCAGGCUGGAGUCAGAAUCAGCAACUCCUGGCCUGCACAGCCCCACAGUUAGCAAAUCAGCAUACACUCCCCACAGGUAAAAUGGAGUUAGACCACUGACAGUGCAGGAAGGAGGCAGCCUCCUGUUGGCUGUGAAAGGUACCUCAUGCCCCAUCUUACUGCUGGCUUGGGCCUGACCUCCCAUCUCGUUCUUCUCCAGCCAACAUGGAGCACGGGCAGCGUGGACUGGACUCCGACCAGGUGCAGCAGCAGCAGCUCAAACUGCGUGACAGGCAGAAGUUCUUUGAGGAGGUUUUCCAGCAUGAGGUGGAUUUCUUCUUCCCCAUGUCCCACCUGCAAAUAGAGCACAGGAGACCUCCCCUAGGCAGCAUUUCCUCCAUGGAAGUGAAUGUGGACAUGCUGGAGCAGGUGGACUUGACAGACCUUUCUGACCAAGACACUGUGGAUGUAUUUCUCAGCUGUGGGGCAGAGGACAACAACAUUGCCAGUCCCCUGCCAGAUCCCAGCCAAUGCCCUGAUGAGAUCACCCUGCAAGUGCCCGACACAACUGAGAUCAAAUCGCGGAUCUCAUCCACAUCCUCUGCCUCCACAGACCUGAACAGCCUGGACACCAGUGAGGAAGGGGCAGAGACUCCUGUGGUGCAGUCAGAUGAGGAGGACCUGCAGGAGGACAGCCCUAAACAGCAGGUGGCCAGAAGUUAGCAUCAAGCUCCCUGCUCUCUCUUCGCCCGGCCACUGCAUGGACCUGCCAGCAUGAAAGGAAGACUGCUGGCUGUUUGACUCUUGUAAACCCCAAGCAGUGUCCCCAUCCUAAGCUGCUGCCUUCAAGGAGUGGAGACGAGUUCCCCCUCCCCCUGCUGGUUCAGCCAAGGGGGCAAGAGAGGGGCCCAGAAGAAGAGGGAUAUUGUAGGGUCUAGAAAUUAACUCUUCAGGCUUUGCUACUAACACUCCUGCUUCACCCACCUAAGCUGCUAAGCACAUCCUGGUUGCAGCUGCACCUGGUCCCUACAAGGCCUCUCCGCUGGAUCUCAGCCUCCCUUGGCCCCUCUAGACAAACAUUUAACAGCAGCCUACAGAGAAAUAACACUCCUGUCAAACAAGCAA